CCGCAGCCCCAGCGGGGCGGGGCUGGCGUCUGCUGGCUGCCGUCACUUCCGGUUCUCUGUCAGUCGCGAGCGAACGAGCAGGAGGGUGUUCGACUGCUAGAGCCGAGCGAAGCGAUGCCUAAAUCAAAGGAACUUGUUUCUUCAAGCUCUUCUGGCAGUGAUUCUGACAGUGAGGUUGACAAAAAGUUAAAGAGGAAAAAGCAAGUUGCUCCAGAAAAACCUGUAAAGAAGCAAAAGACAGGUGAAACUUCGAGAGCUCUGUCAUCUUCUAAACAGAGCAGCAGCAGCAGAGAUGAUAACAUGUUUCAGAUUGGGAAAAUGAGGUACGUUAGUGUUCGCGAUUUUAAAGGCAAAGUGCUAAUUGAUAUUAGAGAAUAUUGGAUGGAUCCUGAAGGUGAAAUGAAACCAGGAAGAAAAGGUAUUUCUUUAAAUCCAGAACAAUGGAGCCAGCUGAAGGAACAGAUUUCUGACAUUGAUGAUGCAGUAAGAAAACUGUAAAAUUCGAGCCAUAUAAAUAAAACCUGUACUGUUCUAGUUGUUUUAAUCUGUCUUUUUACAUUGGCUUUUGUUUUCUAAAUGUUCUCCAAGCUAUUGUAUGUUUGGAUUGCAGAAGAAUUUGUAAGAUGAAUACUUUUUUUUAAUGUGCAUUAUUAAAAAUAUUGAGUGAAGCUAAUUGUCAGCUUUAUUAAAGAUUGCUUUGUGUGCCCACCACCUAGUGUAAAAUAAAAUCAAGUAAUACAAUCUUAACUGUUGUGGCCUUUUUUGAUCAUAAGAGUUGGUACUGUUUAAGGCCAACAGUAACAGUUUUUAUAGAUCUUUUAGUUUCAACUCAGCUUUUACAAUAAAAAGGAUUUGUAUUGCAUUGAGUUUAUAAACUUUUGGUUUGUGAACUUCAUAUUUGAUCUUUUCUCUACCAAUCAAAUGUCUAGGCUUGUUUGACUUCAACCCCAAUGGUUUUUCACUCUUUUUAUUUUGUUUACUUCAUUUUCCUUUAAUACCUUAAUCUCUUCAUGUUCAGUUUUUACUUCACUCUUCAUUCUUUUCUUUGAUUAUGGUAUGCUUAUUUGGAAAGUCAGUGAAACUGUCAAAAUGUUAUCUCAGUAAGAUACUUGUAUGAGAACUACAAUCACCGAAUCUACUGUAUUCAAUAUUAGCAGAUCUAAUUUGAUAAACAACAUGGCUUGUGUGAAAACUGAGCAGGUGUUUGUUUACCCAUAGUGUUCUGUGUAGUUAUUGCUUAGUCUGCAGAAAAUAAUGACUUAGAUGAGAUGUCUGACUUGCUUUCACUUAUUAAGCAUGUUCACCAUGGGAUGAUGUCUGUAACAUCAGAUAUUGUUCAACUAGACUAGGAUUUAAUAAAAAUUGUGAAAGCUUACUGGCCUAACAUUUUAUUUUAUAAUAUUGAGUAUGAAUUAUAUGUAGCCAGAGAUGUCAUUAAGCUUUACUGUUACAGUAGGUAAUAUGGUUAGUUUGUAGGGGAAAGAGCAUAUGAGCACAUGCUUGUGUAUUUUGGCCUUUGCCCCAGUAGAACAGACCAAUGGCAUUCUAGAUUUGAUGAUACUAAGUUUUAGCAGACACUAGUAAGUGGUUUGUACCAUACUGAUGAAGCAGACAGAUUGAGGCACAGAUUUUAGUGGCUUUGUGGCAAUAAGUAGGGCAUGGUGUGCCUUAGGAAAAGAAUGUUUAUAAAGGGAAUUAUAACUGAAAUUAAAGGCGGCGGCAGUGAAGAGGAAAUAAUUCUCUUCUAUCUAAAUGAUAUACACAUGAUAUUUUGAGAUUUUUAUAACAGCAGUGGAACACAAUUCUAGGUAGAGUAGAAAAAGGAAAGGUUUAAAGACAUAUGAAAGAUUCUUGUUGACAAAUUAUUUUUGGUAGCAAAUCUCAAUGGUUACCUGCUAUUAAGGGCUGCCAUAUUAGAGUUUUGCACUAUUUUGCUACCAAGUUUGAUUCGUACAUCUAAAACAUUUUGUAGUAGCUUGUCAAGGACUUAAUUUGAAAAUCAUUUGCCAGGCCACAUAGUUAUCAAUUUUUUUUUUCUAGCAGCUAUUCUGUUGUAUUUCUAAACCAUUUUUUUGAUGACUUUUUAAAGUUUGCCAGGCCACAUAGUUAUCAAUUUUUUUUUUCUAGGAGCUAUUCUGUUGUAUUUCUAAACCAUUUUUUAGAUGACGUUUUAAAGUAUAUUUAGCAGUAACCUUAAGAGGUUCAAAGUGGUAAAUCUCUUGUAAUUUAGCCUUCAUCAAAUAAUAGGUACCAGUGUAUUAAAAAUACGUAUUUUUUUUUUGCAGCCCCUUGAACCAGAGUAGGUUCAGAGAAACUCCCAAAAUUUGUACUUCAGACACAUCAUGCUUGAUUGGUAACUUCCCUCCUUUUUUGGGGAACAUGUUUGUGUCCUGUUAACUUAAUUGGGUAGAUUUUUAAAUAUUUCUUAUUUUUGGCACACAGAAAGGGUAGUUAGAGUACAGAACUUUGAUUUUUGGUGUAGAUGCAGAGGGAAUGAUGGGUAAAUUUCCUAGGUUUAUAUGAAUUUAGGGGGUGUAUGCAUUUUGAAACAAUCUACUAACAGAUGGUGCUGAAAUCUAUUACCUACGUGUUUUCUAGUUUUUUAGCAUUAUGUUAAUGAAGCCUCCAUAUAAGGAGUGUUUCUCUGGCACAGUUGGUAAGUUGACUGCUAACUUCAUUUAAAUGUGUUACUGGAUAUGCAGUAUACUGAAAUUAUUAAUCAGUUUGUGUAUAGGAAAAGAACUGGGUUAAAAGAAGCAAAUUGUUCUGAAAAGAAAGUAUAGAUUAAUUUUGUUUUCUGUUUAAAUUUUAUCUCCUUGGUAAAGAUUUUUUUCUCCUAGGCAGAAAACUUGGCAUUUUUAGGCAUAGAUACCUUACCUUACCAUGCCAAAAUGAAUUUAAUUCCAGUACUCAGGUUUUUCCCUUUAACAGACUCUAUGUGUAUCAGGGCUUUCUAAUGGGUUUUUCCUCUUAGUUUUUAAAAUGUGAGCAGCAUUUGACCAAUUUCCAGUGCUCUUAGCAUUUUACUUAAAAGAACAACCACUACAAAAGAAAAUCUUUGUAAUUUGAUUGUCUUUUGCUUUGCUUCAUUAAUGCCUAAGAACUUAAGAAUACUCCUACCUCAUUAGCUACUCAAGAUGCUGUGACGAUCAAAUCUAUUCUACAUAAUGUGUUUAGAAACAAAGACUUGGGUGAAAAAUGAAAUAAGUAUAUUCUGACUUGGCUAUUGAGGGGAAAAUUCAGUAUUAAGUGUUCCUCACAAGAGAUAUGUUAGCAGAAUACUGUAAAAGUUUGAAAUUUUUAAAAAGUACUUAAAUUUAGGUAUCCUGAAAUUCUUUGCAGUUCAUUUUUUAUGGCAGUUAAUCCAGUGAAACACUCAAAAGUUUUUUCUUUUUUUUUAAAGUGGUGUUUUUCCAGAUAAACUCUAGGGUGAACAUUCACAUAAUCACAAAUAUGUAAUUCUGUAAUUGUGGAAUGCUUGUAUGCUUUGUUUUCGUACAUCUUCCAUGGAGAUGUCUGAAUAUAAUACUCCAUCUGUGAAUAUUUUAAAUGUUGAAAUAAAAGUAAGAAAUGUG